UUUUCCAAGCCUUACUUUCGGCUUGCCUACUUACGAACGUGCUCAGAUUCCAUGUAUUGGUAAGAUGCUAACCGUUCCGGGGGGAACAUUGGCGCGCAAGGGGCAAUGGUCUUCGUCCGCUCUCGGCUCCUUCCGCGCAACAUCGACGCUGCUGUACUGCAGUGGGGGUACUGUCUACUCACGGUCUAGCCUUACUGAACCUGUCGCUCCGGGCUCCGGUUAGUACGAGUGAACCACUGUGUUGAUGAGUUUUAUGUGCGAGCACGAGUUGUCAAUUCAUUGUAAACGCGUGACAUUGUAAUCAUCAUGACCGCUCCCGCCAAGAAAUCUUCAGUAGAAUCUCUACCUGAUCGUAUUUUUAAGGAUCCUGAUACCGAUUUAUACUACUCUUAUCAAGCAACACGCGAAUCAGGACAAAGAAAAUUUUUCUUGUGCUCUUUGAACCAUUCGCACGGAUGCAAUGGGCAAGGGACUCUGGAUUCGGACGGAGUUUUCCGAUAUCUAGACGAAAAAGACGAGGAUGCUCCAAAAUACCGGCACAACCAUGUGGGUGAAGCUGAUCUGCUUGAGGAUGCAAUUUUUUUAAAAGAAAUGCAUUCUCUACUUUGUCACUCGUUUUUGCAGAACAAAGCGAUCUACAAUAAAUUGAAAAUCUUGUAUCCAAGUGCUGCGCUUAAAUAUCCAUUCGAACGAGUAUCAGCUCGAAUGCGUCAGUGGAGGUUAAAAAGAGAACUCCCAGAGUUAACUCAUGGAUUUAAUACAUUGAUCGAUCUUCUGAAUAACGAAGAUCAAUGAAAAGAUCUUAAAUUGCACGACAAGGGCAGUAUGGUUGUAAAACCUAUUAUGACGAGAACAGAUGAAGUCUGCGGCGUCGCCGUGGCCGACCUGGAGUUCCUCGCCAUCGUCAAAGCCGCUCUCCACCAGUUUAUAUAUUUUGAGGAAAUCCCAAUUAAACUUGGAGACAUCGAUGGAAGUCGCAUCAUUGUUAUGACUGUACCUUUUAAAACUCACGUAAGUUA